CCCUUUAGCCUAGGAAAGAGAACAGGAAAUACAGGAGGUCAUUAGCCUUUUUGUACAACAAAAACAAAAUUCAGAAUCACUUUGGCUGGCUUAGUUUAGAAUUUCAGCACGUUUAUAUCAUCCUGGUCUUUCCUUUAAGUGGCUUCUAAAGAAAAUGAAUUGCACUGUUAAUCUGUUGGGUGUCUCUUCUUCUGGAUGCCUGCCAGCCCAGGGUCCUUCUCUCCUUCUGCCUGAUUUCUGCUAUUCCUCCAUUCCAGACCCCUGGCCAUCAAUCUGACCAACUGCAAGUAUGAGAGUGGUAAGCACCCAGCUCGUCACUCACACCACUGGGCAUGAGAGGACAUUUAGGGCUGCGGCUUUCACUCUGGAGGUGGUCCCCUCAAUCUGCUCCCAGCCCCUGGAUCUUGUUAGGCUGGCCUAUAACCUGUACUGAGCCUCCUGGCUCAGCUACCAGUAGCUGACACAUCACUGUUCCAGUUAGUCUCAGCAGUAGAGUAGGAAUCUCCAGUUAGCUAACAAGAGAAAAAAUGACAAAAAUCACCAUCCCUCCCCCGACCCUGCCCCAGAUUUUACCAGAGAUGAGAUGAGACCAGGUUAAAACUGUUUUUUCAAGGUAACUUUUGAGGUGGCUUCAGCAAUUAAGAAAAAAGAAAAAUCGCCAGCUAGGUUAGUCAUUUCUUCCUCCCCUCAUCCCCACUGGCAUCUACGGGUGCCCCAAAGUGUGAGGCGCCAGUGUGACCCCUUCCGAGGGUCAGCUCUGCAGGCCAGAAACCAUCCUAAUUGAGAGGACUGACAGGAACAGAGAUCCAGUCUAUAGUUUUCUGUCAAAUUUUGGAAGGACCCUGACAGCCUCAUGAACUUGGAAUUGUCGCAAUGGUAACUAAACUGAGGUAAGCAGAGCUGAGGUAGGAACUACCUCCUUCUUCAUUCCCACUCUCUGGUCAGGUCUGUUCCUUACCCAACCCAGCUGCAGUCCCAAGGUUUGCUGCCAGUGCCCAGGCUGGCUCCACUGACCUCCCUCUCUCCACAGUGCGUCGGGCAGCCCAAAUGUGUGGCCUGAAGGAGGUGGGGGAGGACAAAGAGUGGACUGUGUACUGGACAGACUGCUCUGUCUCACUGGAACGCAUCAUGGACAUGAAGAGGUUUCAGGAUGAUAUCUGCAUGCACCUGACCAACUAUGCCGUCAACAGACACAAUGAGAAUUUUGUCCGGGAUGAUGCUGUGGGCAGUAAGAGCUACCGAACCUGUUUUCCCCAGUAUCUGAGUGGAGGUACAUGUGCCUGUUUUGAGAUCCUUGGUUUUGACAUCUUGCUGGACCACAAGCGGAAGCCCUGGCUGCUGGAGGGCUGUGACAAAAGAAAGGUGACAGAAGAGGAUAAGUGGCGAGUCAAGGAGCGGCUUUUCCAGUGCCACCAACAGCCAAGAGAAGCCAGGGGCCUCAGGUGUUUGACGUGUGUUUAGUUGUGUAGCUUACCUUAUUA